AUGUCUGUUCCAAAAUUCCACGAUUUGUCAUUCUACUCCGAACCCAGUGCACACCGUUCGAGAUACGCCAACCUCGUCAAAAGUUUCAGAGCAAACUUUUCAGGUGAUGAGAUUGAGUUUCUCGCAAGGUCUCCUGGCAGGGUUAAUUUGAUUGGUGACCAUAUUGACUAUAAUUACUUUCCAGUGUUGCCUAUGGCCAUUGAGGUUGAUGUUGUUGCGGCAGUUUCCACAAAUGACAGUGACGCCAUUGUUAUCUCAAAUACUGAUGCUGAAAAGUUUCCCAAACAUACAAUACCAAUUGGCAAAGAUUCUGAUUUUGCCAUAAACCGCGAGCAACAUUCGUGGGCCAACUAUUUUAAAUGUGGUUUGAUUGUUGCUGCCAAGUUUUUGGAAGAGAAAUCAACGGAUAUCAAGUUAAAGGGAAUGAAUAUCACAUUUAGUGGAACUGUACCCACUGGUGGUGGAUUGUCAUCUUCUGCUGCAUUUUGCGUUGCAUCAACUUUGGCAGUGUUGUAUGCCAAUGGCGUUGAGAAUAUUAGUAAAGCCGAUUUGACCAGAAUUACCGUUGUGUCGGAGCACUACCUUGGUCUCAACAAUGGUGGAAUGGACCAAUGUGCAUCUGUAUACGGUGAACAAGGCAAAGCAUUGUUUAUUCAAUUCAAGCCACAAUUGAAAGGUACUCCAUUUGAGUUUCCAGUAAAAAACUUGACAUUUGUGAUUACAAACAGUUUACAAGUUUCAAACAAGUACGAAACGGCACCAGUUCACUACAAUUUGCGAGUAGUGGAGAUGGCUAUUGCCGGCGACUUGUUGGCCAAAAAAUUGGGACUUCAAGGCAUGCCCAGAGAUUCAAAUCUUGACACUUUUUCGCUCCGUGGAGUUAUGGAUGGGUAUUGUGGCAAUUGGGAUGGUGAGGAUUUAAGUCAGGGAAUUGCAAACAUCUCCAAGAUGAUUGAUGUUGUUGAAAAGACAUUGACAGAGAAGGACGGGUACAAUGUUGAACAAUGUUGUCAAGGAUUGGACCUUACGGCAGAGGAAUUCCACGCAAAGUACUUGACAAAAAUCCCAGUCAAGUUUGAAGUAUUAAAAUUGUACCAACGUGCACUCCACGUUUAUCGCGAGAGUUUGCGUGUAUUAAAGACGCUUCAGUUGUUGUCUAGUCCAGUUGAUGAUGAUGCCAAGUUUUUCCAAACUUUUGGCUCUCUCAUGAAUGACUCGCAACAGGAUCUUGAUUUGUUGAAUGAGUCAUCCAAUGCCAAGCUCAAUGAAUUGUGUUCUAUUGCAUUAAAUAAUGGUGCAUUUGGGUCAAGAGUCACUGGUGCAGGUUGGGGUGGCUCAAUUGUGCAUUUGACUUCGAUUGAGAAUUUACCCAAAUUGACAAACAGUUUGAUAGAGUUGUACUACAAACAUGAGUUUCCGCAUAUCACCAAAGACGAAAUUGAAGAGGCUGUGAUUGAUAGCAAACCAGCCACCGGAAGUUGUUUGGUAUCAGCUGAAAUUGUGAAAAAGCUUUGA